AAACAAGCAACCUCUCAUCCUCUAUUGGUUAUGGUAGUUGGAAUUGACGAGUUCAACAAACUGCAUGAUGUAGACAAAAAGGCCUCAAAGAACCUCAUAAAUACCAUUGGGAGCUUGAUGUGUGGAUCACCUGCGAACAUUUUUUUCAUUCCCAUCCUGGCUGGAACAAUUGAAGGACCUUUAGAAGAAUAUAUCUCGGAUUCUAUGCACCAACCACUUCCCCUCCCAUUACACCUCCUUAAAGAGAACGAUGCAAUCAAGAUUGGCAAGGCUAUAAAUCUAUUCGACGAUGAUUAUGUCAAGACCAAUCCUUAUUUUAGAGUUGGUAUUGGCGACAUUGGAGGACACGUGAGAACUUUGGAGUCUUUCUACGAACACUUUUCACAAGCGUUGAAAGAACCAGAAAAAGAUCCUUAUCAAGUUAAAAUUGAGAACAUUAUGGAGACCGUCAAAGGUUUUAUCAAAAACACGUAUCGCAUAAAGUUUCACUCACCGUGGUUAACAGAACCUCUCGUGAAAGCCAUAUUGGGCCUGCCAGUUAACAAAUAUGACAAGAUCACAAUUGACAAUGUAUCAAUUAGCUAUCAGCAACUCAGUUCAAUGGGAAUCGGGAAUCUGGUACCACAGGCUACAGGUGACUACUAUAUUAGGUUACCUUACGUUUGGGCAAGUGUACUCGUUGAAUGCUCCAAUAAUCCUGGGAUGCAGUAUUGGCAAUCCAUGUUUAAGUAUGAUGAGCCAAUGUUCUGGCAGAACUUUGAGAAUUUCAAUGUCAAAUUCUUGGCGUUACGCCUCAGUCUCUUCAAAUUAUUAGGACGCAAGACAAUCCAGUUGAAGGAACUUCUUAAAGGUGCAACAUUUUCUAGCGAAUUUCCAGAUGUUGAAGUUGUCCUUCCUGAAGAUAUCAUUAUCAAAUUGUAUAAAUUACAACAUCGGUAUCCAGUUACCAAAACUAAUCAGAAUAAAGAAGUGAGAUAUGACGGCAAUGUGGAAGCGAGGCACGACUAUAUCACACUUGAUUAUUUGAAGAAUGGCUGUAUUAAUAAAUAUAUAGGUCAUGUGUUCUUAAAUGCGCCGGGGGCACCCUUUGAUGUCUUUGGAUUUUUUGAUAUUGAAAAACACGAACACAAAACUUUAUUCCUGGGUGAGCAAGUCAAACUAUCAGAUACUGAGGCAGUUACGCCAAUGAUCAUUGACCAAAAAUUAUUCGAUGAGGAGCAUCGCAAGGUCACCAAAGCUAUGAAGGAAGUUCCAGUGCAAAAUUGGGCUCUACUAUUUCUAACGAAUGCAGAUACGAAAGCCGACCUGAAGAUAGGGAGUAAAAAAAACAGUGCAUUG